AUGCAUAGUUUUAACAUACGCACCUUUUUGUUCGAAGUCAAAAUAUUUCAACCAACACGACAAUAUAUUCAAUUUCAACCUUCACAACUUUUAUAUAUUCGUCAUUUUAAUACAACAAGUUGUCGUUAUUAUCCAACAAGUAUCGUGGAACAAACUAGCAAUUCUGGCAGCGGUUUUCAAUUAUAUUAUAAACAAUAUCAAAAUACAAGAAAUAAACAUAGUUCACCUAAUUCAUUACCAAAUAAAAAUGCAUUUAUUCAAGCAUUACGUAAACAAUUUAAUGAUGCAAUUGGAUUAAUUAAUGAAAUGAUAACAAGCAAUACAUUAACUUAUUUAACAUCAUCACAAAUUUUAUCAUUUUAUAUAAAAUUUAAUUCAUUGUAUUCAACUAAACCAUUUUAUUUGACAUUAAUUUCUUAUUUAUUACGUCAAUUUGCUAAAUAUGAUAGAUUAGAGUUAGUUAACGUUAUAUUUGCCAGAUUUAUUUAUGAUGUUGAGAUGAGCACAAAAAAGUAUUUACUUGGGGCUCUUGUUAUUAAUGUUUGGAAUGUUGUGUUUAAAAUAUACGCUGAUAAGGGAAGGCCUGAGGAAGUUAUUAGUAUGUAUAAGACGAUGUGUCAACAUGGCAUCUUGCCUAAUGUUAAAACAUAUUCGACACUAAUAAAAUCCGCAGCAAAAUCAAAUGUUCCAUAUGAAUGUUUUAAAUUUUUAGAGAAAAUUAUUCCAAAAGGUGAAAAAACUAAUUCGGCAACAUUAAAUUUUCUUUUAAAAGCAUGCAUUUCUUCAAAGGAUCCAAACAUUAAAGCAAAUGUAAAUUUAAUUAUUGACCUAAUGUCAUAUUGGAAAAUUGGACCAAACGGUACAACAUUUCUAAUUUUAUUGCAACAUUGUAAAAAUUAUGAAGAAUUGGAAGUUAUUUGGACAAAGAUAUUGAAAUAUGGAUUAUGCGACAACAGACAAUUACAAGAAAGGAUUAUUAAAAUUUGUUGUACACAACUUUCUUACGAUCGAUGGAAAUUAAUCGAAGGGAUAUUUUCUAAACCAAAAACAAUAAUAUUACCAAAAUCAUUAUUAAAUUCGAUGAUUUUGGCUUUAGGAAGAUUACGUGAUAUUCGAGGUAUUAUGGAAUUCUAUCAGGAAAAGAAUGGUUUCUUUGACAACAAUUACAAUAGAUUGUUAGACAAGAAUCGUAAUCCUUUAGGAAAGAUAUUUAUGUUUAGGACGAAACAUAUCCCCAUGGAUAUAAAAUUAUUUAAUAUUUUUAUGAGAGCGAUAUCAGAUUGUAAUUACGGUCCGUUAAGUUGUGCGGAAUUCAUUCAACAUACUUCGAUUGGACUUCGACCAAAUCAUAUUAGUGUUAAAUACUUAUUUGCCUCUAUACAAACUAAGCAUGACUUUAAAUUAUUUGGAUCAGCGCUAUUUCAACUUAUUAUUAAACAAGGAAUCAUUAUCAAAUCGAUGUAA